AAUAUGGCCAGGAACAAGAGCUUUCCAAAAUCUCUGCAAAUAUACCUCUCAAAGCUCAAAAAACCCACACCAUCACAACUUCCACUCCAUUCAAAUUCCAUCAAAACCUCUUCAAAUUGGAUUUUAUCAGGUUGCAGACACCCUAAAACCUCUUCCUUCUCCAUUGAUCGGAAUCAACCCAACAACACCUCUAAAGAUGAUGAUGAUGAUGCUGCAACACUAACCGACGUUGAUCGUUUCCUCUACGAAAAUUUCAAUUCCCUCUACUGCAAAACUGAUAAUUACAACAAUGAAGGCGGCGAUGAUGGAAACAAUAAUCAACGCCGAGAAAACACCAAUCCCGGAGCAUUCCUUUUCGAAUCACCCAGGUUGGGUGAGGCGGCGCCGCCCGAUGUAAGGCCAUCAAAUCGGUUCUUUGUGUCCCCUGGAACCACUAAUUCAUUAAUCGAAGAGUCGCGGUCGAGCUUAUCGACAUGCGACGACAUUGGAUCGAGCUCGACGACGGCGACAACGACUACAACGAAUCUUCGUGAAUCCAUGGCUCUGUCGUCUGCUAAGAUACAGAGUAUCGAUCUGGACCUCCCUGAUGACAGCAUUGCAGUGCUCAUAUACACAAGAGAUCCCUAUGAGGAUUUCAGACAAUCCAUGGAGGAGAUGGUUGAAGAUCGAUUGAGCCAACAUGAAACUGUAGAUUGGGAUUUCAUGGAAGAACUUCUCGUCUGUUACUUGAAGCUGAACGAGAAGAAAUCAUACAAAUACAUACUUGGGGCAUUCGUGGAUCUCAUGGUGAUUUUGCGUCAGAAUUCCAGUAAUUCGCCGGGUAAGCCACAUAGAAGGAAAACAGAUCGCCAUUAA